AUGUCUCCAAAAGUUGAUACUCUCAUGCAACUCUCUUCCAAGGCUACCAUUGAUGGUUACUCUCUCUAUGCAUGCCUAUCUCCCCUCUGUCCCCUCCUUUCCGCCCCUGCAUUCCCUCCUUUCCCCCCCUUGCUUCUCCUUUCCCCUCUUACUUCCCCUCCUUCCCGCCCCCCCCGAUUCCCCUCCUUUCCGCCCCUGCUUCCCCUCCUUUCCCCCCCUUGCUUCCCCUCCUUUCCCCCCCUGCGUUCCCUCCUUUCCCCCCUUUGCUUCCCCUCCUUUCCGCCCCUGCCUUCCCUCCUUUUCCCCCCCUUGCUUCCCCUCCUUUCCCCCCCCCUUGCUUCCCCUCCUCCCCCCCCCCCCACUGAUUCCCCUCCUUUCUGCCCUUGCAUUCCCUCCUUUCCCCCCCUUGCUUCCCCUCCUUUCCCCCCCUUGCUUCUCCUCCUUUCCCCCUUUGCUUCCCCUCCGUUCCCCCCCUGCAUUCCCUCCUUUUCCCCCCUUUGCUUCCCCUCCUUUCCCCCCCUUGCUUCUCCUCCUUUCCCCCACUGCAUCCCUCCUUUCCCCCCUGCUAGCACAUCGUUCCCGCCUGACUUGAGGUCACUCCUUCCCACCCUUCCUUCCGAUCUCUCCUGCCUUACACGCCAUCUCAUGUCUCUUCCUUCCCAACACCUUUAUGUUCCUCACCAUUUACCCUCUUCGCCUUCGCUUUUCCAAUCCCUUCCAUCCUAUCCCCCCUCUCGUCCCUUUCAUCUCCCUGCCAACACACCUGUCAAGACACUGGCGUAUGCGCUGCAAGUGGUGCAGGCACUGGCAGGGUGUGAGGCGCGGUGA